CUCCGCUCUGGGCCCGCCCCCCGCGCCGGCCGCCUGUGCCGCUGGGGCGGGGCCGGGCGCAGUCGCGCUCCGGGCGGGUGAGGGGAGCGGAGCGGAGCGAAGCGGCGUCGCCGUCCCGGCUGGCAGCGGCGGGCGAGGCGAGGGGCUGGGCGGAGGCUGAAGCAUGGCGCUGUCCGUGCCGGUGAACGGCCUGAAGGAGGGCGACAAGGAGCCCGUCAUCGAGCUCUUCGUAAAGGCUGGCAGCGAUGGCGAGAGCAUAGGAAACUGUCCCUUUUCCCAGAGGCUGUUCAUGAUUCUGUGGCUGAAGGGAGUGGUGUUCAGCGUCACAACAGUUGACCUGAAGAGAAAACCAGCAGACCUUCAAAAUUUGGCUCCAGGCACUCACCCGCCCUUCAUCACCUACAAUGGUGAAGUGAAAACAGACGUCAAUAAGAUCGAGGAGUUCCUGGAAGAUGUUUUGGCUCCACCCAAGUACUUAAAACUUUCACCAAAGCAUCCAGAAUCAAACACUGCUGGAAUGGAUAUAUUUGCCAAAUUUUCUGCAUUUAUCAAGAAUUCUAGACCAGAAGCUAAUGAAGCCUUAGAACGUGGCCUCUUGAAAACCCUCCAGAAACUGGACGAGUAUCUGAACUCUCCUCUUCCUGAUGAGAUAGAUGAAAAUAGCAUGGAGGACAUUACAGUUUCUACCCGCAAGUUUUUGGAUGGCAAUGAGAUGACAUUAGCAGACUGCAACCUGCUACCCAAACUACACAUUGUCAAGGUGGUGGCGAAAAAGUACCGCAACUUUGAGAUUCCCAAGGAAAUGACGGGGGUUUGGAGAUACCUGACGAAUGCUUACAGCAGGGAUGAAUUCACCAACACCUGUCCUGGAGACAAAGAAAUUGAAAUCGCUUACAGCGACGUAGCCAAGAGACUCACCAAGUAAACAGCACUUGCAAAAGAGAUGACUUCGUGCAUAUUCCAUAACAACGCUUCUAACAGACUGCUCUUUUCAUAUAAGAUAGCAAUUUUUUUUGCAUGAACUUGCAGUUAUUCAAAGUUAUGGUGGAUAGACCAGGUACAGUAAUUACCUAAAGUUUGCAGACUUAAUUAUAGGCUUGUGUUUUCUUACCUCCUUUCACAGCAAGUUUGAAUAUCAUUAAUGCAGUUAUGUUAAUAUUGCACUCGGGUAACUAAAUUCUUCACUAUGAAGGGUUAUCUUGCCCCUACUACUUUUCUUCACAAACAUUUGGGCCCUCUCUACGAAUUGGUUUAGGAUACUGUCUUGCUAUAUGGUACAAGGAAUAUUUAUGUAUUUUGGAGUUUCUUGCUUUUCCAGAAGAUCUAUACACAACUGUCGAACCUGUGACACAUUGAGCUGUACCUGCUUGUCUAUCCUAUUUACAUACAGAAGGGAACCUAUUACCCAAAAGAGCCAUUUGCAGAAUAUUUGGCAACAUUAAAAAACCAAUCUCUUGGAUUUGAAAUCACAGUAAUGGCUGAGAAUGGACUCAAAUGCGAAGCUUGGUUUUGAAUGACCUCAGACAUCAGGGAAGCUUUUGAAUCUAGGCUUGGGUGCCAUAGCAGGAAGCUCACAGUUCAAAGUUGGUAUUUAGUUGUGUCUUCACGAGCUUGAAGAGAUAAAACCUUUAAUUGGCAACUUACAUGUGUCUCGAAUUGAGUUGCAGCAAAUAACCGAUUGUCAGGAUGCCCUUUACCGUCAUGAAAGCAGCAGAAUUGGGUGCGUGCUAUCUGUUCAGCCGAAAACUUGCAAGUGGCUUUCUUUUUGGUAGUUAAGAGCCUUUGUUUCGUGUAGGCCUUUCUGGUGGUAUUUACUUACAAAAUCUGUGCUGUCAUAAACCAAGUACCUGUACAUUAGUGUCCUAGUUGGUAAAUAGCUACUGUAUAUGGUGAAUAGCAGUGCAAUGAUUAGCGAUGCAAGACAACACCCAGAGCUGUUAAACGGGGAGUCUGGCUGGGAAUUUUUUAAGCUAUUUCUUUCCUGAAGAAAGCUAAAAGUGACCUUUACAGAUAACAUUUGCCUUAAAUUAUAGUAUGCAUCUUUUUCCUGAAAGGGAAUCUAUUAAUUACUCUGGUAAAGAAAUGGGGUGUGACAUCCAGUCCUUCACAUUGAAUUGAUCCUUAUCGCCUGCCCGUGCACCCGGACGGCAAUUUUGCGCAGUCGUAAUCAUUGCACUACUAUACAUAAUCUUUUUACAGCAACACUGAGGAAUAGCACUAUGAUUUUUUUAAAAGCAAUUUUCAAAUAUUUCUACACCAGGGAAUAGUUUUCUUGUUUAAAAUUAAUGAUUUUGAUGCAUGAAAUAAACCGCUAGGUUAUUUUUAAAAGACCGUCAUAAACAACUCCAAAGAACGCUAGACUUAUAUGCCUAUUUUUUUGUAAAGAUACUUUUAUAUUUAACUGAUUUUUAGAAGCUGGAAAGUGCUAUUCCUGGUAGGUUGUUUUUGGAAUAUUUAACGUUCCGCAAUAACGUGGAAAUGCUCACAUAAACACUUUUAUACACUAAUUAUUUUGGUAAGCACUGGCUUGAUGAAAACUAGCCUGACUUUUCCAAGCAUCCUGCUUUUGCUACUUUCUAUACCCACGCAGUUAGUUUGACGUAGAAGAGGUAGAGUGCAGGAUCCAUAUUAACACACGUGGCUCGUGGUGCCUUGUCCUGCCUUCCUAGAGCUACAAUUCCCAUACAAAGGCCGUUCACAAUCCUGUUACGUGUCUUUCGAACACAACCCUAGAUACAGUGAAACCCACCUAGGAUUUAUUACAGGGGUGUUUAGGCAUGGAAAGAAGAUUCUGCAGAGAGACCUGGUUAGGAAAAGCUUAACUGUAGCCUUUGAAUAAUGACUGUAUUCUAAUGUCACCUUCUCAUCCUGAAUAAAGGUUCUCAGCCAUGAUAAUCCUCUGUAGGGGUUCAGUCUUUGCUACAACGUGGCAUCGAGAAUAAGGAAUGACUUCCUUUCUGUUAGAUAACAUUUUAAUGACACAUGGGGUAAAAAAAAAACCCAACAACCCAACCCUCAUUGGUUCGGUGCUCUUUGAGUCCUACAAUUAACCUUUAAAAACAAAAAUAUAGGAAGCAAUGUGAUUGUGGGCGUAGCUUUGAUCAAUUUUUAACUCAGCUUUCAAACCUAGAUCAGGAUGGCCCUUGGAAGUUGUCUGAGGUUGUAGUAAUCGGGCCUCGACUCCUUUUAAAAGCAAAUUAGCCCUUGUGUGCACACUUUAGUACAUCAGGCAAUUAUGUGCAUAUGAGCAUGAAAACACUUCCAUGCCGUUCUCUAGUGUGUGCUGCCUGCAUAUCAAUGCACACAAAUCCUUGUUAAAGUACCAGCCUUGUUGUCUUUUAUAGAUAAUAUAUUCUCUCUCCUUUUUAGCCAAUCUUCAAACAAUUGUAAUACAUUAUAUUCAGCAUUAAGUAUUUUAAUGAUCGUGUCUGAAAGCUUGUAAACAAAGUUAAAGCUCUUGCUGUAACUAAUGCGCUUCUUAUCUCAGUACAAUUGAGCCUCGGAGCCUUUCCCUUAUAGGUGUAAUUAAAACGAGGACCAGGUUAGCGAUUUCUAAGGCGGUUCCUUUAGGAUGUUGGUAACUGUCCUGUCCGAAAGGAGUUUUCUAGGCUUCCUCUUGCCCCGUUGGGUGGCGGCAGAAGCUGCGCAGCCCCUCGCUGCCUUCAGCACGGCCCGGGAGCACCGCGGAGCAGCCGGGAGCUCUCGGGGAUCCCUCCAGAGCAGCAGAGCCGAGCCAGGGAGCUGCGGAACAGCCUCAGCGUCUGCUGUGGGUAGAACACUUUCAUCUGGCCCCAAUCGCCAGCUCUACAUUAAUUAAAAAAGCCCUUUCAUAACUAUGUAAAUUCUUGACUUCUGUCAACUUGUUUACAAUCUGAUCUUUAAAUGCAUUUUUAAUUUCAUCAAACGGCAAUUAAUCUACCCCCCUGUUUAAAUUUAAAAUGAUGCUUCUAGCCCCUUCUACGAUUUAAAAACAGCAGUUACCCUUUCAAGUAGGCAUUCCAGUUUGCGAGUUGGCUGCAUGUAUUAGCAUGCUGAAUAACUUACUUUAUUCUCAACCUGAAAUAUGCUUAAAUUCCCAUUAAAACAGGUGACUUGUGUAUUUCCUGAACAUAAAGGGAAAAUCCAUCAUCCUCACCCUCUCUUUGUGUGGGAGAACAGAUUAUACUAUAUGCAUGAUAUUUUUUUGCCUCCUAACGAAGCUUUUCUUCUUGAAGAGGUUCCUGGUGUGUAAGAGCUGCUGGCUGAACAAGAGGCAUGUGAAUUGUGAAGCAAUUUUGUGCGCUCCAAAGCUUUCCCGUCCAUCCUGUGUUCCCUGCUGCUCUAUAACUGUCCCCAGUGGACGGUCACAGCCACAUAGCUUGUCCGCUCCCAUUUUCCCAUAAAACUGGGUUUUUUUUCCGCAGCGGGCGUGUUUAAACAGGUUGAAAGUUGCGUGCAGUUCCAUGAUAAGAAGGGAGAUGUAAUCAAGUUUUUUUAUGCUAAAGUAGCAAAUUAGCAUUUUGUAUCAAAGGAGCACAGACGUGAACACACUGGAGGUGCUUGAGCCAAACCCACUGAUGCCUAUCUCAACGGAGAACAAAAAGUGGCAAAGUACAGUCAACUUCUUACUCUUUGCCACUUGGAGUGCUGUCCGAACACAACCCAUUAAUAUUUUCAGAAGGCGGCUUUAUCCCAAGUGAAAAAUAGUUAAUCUGCCUCAGAACCUGUGCCACCAACUAUUAGAGAGGGUGGGAGAAUAGUGGAGCAGAAUAGGAGGUGGAGACUCCCAAGACAGGACAUGGAGAAUCAGAGCAUUGUUUGCAGAAAUACUUGAAGAGUUGAUACAAUUUAUUGUAGUUUGCUUAUGUCUUUCACUCUCUGGAACAUCUUUUACAGAUAUACCAGUAUACUGCUGGCAGCUAUUGUUAAAAAUAAAAUUAUAUUUUCACUACCGA